UUCUUCUUUGCUAUUGACUUGCUACCAGCGCAGACUGUUGCGAGCCAGCCAACAAAGGUAAUAUGUGUGGACAGGUUUUUGUGCCGUUCCUUUGCCGGAGCGCCCGACAGGUUUUCUACCACGUUAACCCUCCCUUGCACGCGGCAGGGGUCUCGCCUUUUCUCGGCAUUGUUACGGGCCUACCCCGUGCCUUCCUCACACGCUACAAAGCACACCGCACGGACACAGACCCUUUGAUGACAGCAUUUUCAGCUCUUUUGCUUUGUGCGAAGUUUGAGUUCGAAGCUGGCACCGCCACUGUUCCAAGAUGCUGUGAAAUCGAUCCUACAGCCUUCCUCCCCAUGGGGCUUUUCACGUCUGCUAGCCUCGCCUCGCUUCUUCCCAAAGCACGAUUACAUGGUCCUCCUGUUCCGUCCAAAUUCCCGCGGCUCGCGCGUACCUUUCGCGUUCUCUCCCUGACAACGCGCCGUUGCCGUGCUCGGGGCACCGCUGUGCGGCAAAAUCAGACCGCUUCCUCCAGCCUUCCCAACCCCGCCACUAUUCGUCAUCUCACCCGGGCCCAGACGAGCCAACUUUUCAUCCUUCCCAAACACCCAGACUUAUCAUUAUGUAAGUAAGACUCCAGCUACAACAGCAUCAACAGAGUUGGCG